AUGCCACCCAAACCAAGAACAUGUGGUCAACAAAUACAACGUGAUAACCAUGAAGUAGAUGAUAUAGGUGAAUAUUAUCGAGAGUGGAGGAAAAAAGUAAAAGAAUUUGUUCAUACAUACCAAAACGAUAUACCGGAACCAAACUAUCAUUAUGCUGAGUUAGAUAUGUGGGAAGAUUAUUGGAAAAAUCACUCUGAUAGAGCUUCUAAUACAAUUUCAGAUUUGCUACAAAAAUGUGAUGACUAUAUAUUUCCCAAUAUUUCCACUAUACUUUCAAUCCUUUGCACAUUACCAGUCACAACAUUUACAUGCGAAAGAUCAUUAUCAGCUCUAAAAAGAAUUAAAACUUCCUUUCGAAAUACUAUGGGGGGUGGUCGUUUAAAUGGUGUUGCCAUUUUGCUCAUUCAUCGAGAUAUUGAAAUUGACUUGAAUAUUGUUGUAGAUAAAUUUGCGACUGCAUUUCCACGAAAAAUGGAAAUUAAAAAUGAACUCAGAUGA